AUGCAUCUACCGGCUCAGACGCUAUCAAUUGCUUUACUGUUAGCUCUGCCUGCUGCCGUGCGCGCCGUCUUCAAAGACGAGGUUGGCCAUAUCGACUUCCACCACGAGCUCCUCGGUGUUCCCCAACGCGAAACCACAUUCUUCCACCGUCCGAGGCCCCAGGAAAAGGCUAGCCUGCUAUACACUCUUAGCGAUUUAGGCGUUUUAGGUGCUGUCAAUCCCGGCAACGGUGCUGUCGUAUGGAGACAGCUGUUAAAUAAGAAUGUUACGGAUGGUGGUGGCCAUCUACGAGCUGGAGAGGAUGAGACAUGGUUAGCCAGUGCUUUGGGCAGCUCCGUGCAUGCAUGGGAUGCUAUUAGCGGCCGCAAUGUCUGGACAAUUGACUUCGAUGGGGCUGUCAAGGACCUAGAAGUUAUGGAGAUGACCGAGACAGACCACAAAGACGUCCUAGCGUUAUAUCAAGAAGACGAUGCAACGGUUGCACGAAGGAUACACGGCAUUGAUGGGCGUGUGGUCUGGGAAUUCAGGGAAGUUACCAAAGGUGUCCCUCUACAAGUCAGCACCAACGUCGAGAAGGUCUUUGUCGUCACUCUACAUGGGUCGCUGCUAUCCUACAACCUCAAGGUUAUCGUGCUAGAUACCCUCACCGGGAAGAAGUUAGACGAGAUUGUCCUUGGAACUAAGGGCGAGGUGCAAAAGCCGGAGGAUGUUCAGUUCGUCGGCGCUAACUCCGCGGCUCCCGUCGUUGCUUGGACAGAUAACACUUUAACGAAGCUCAAGGUCAACGUCCUCGGCUCUAAGAACAGACAAGAGUUCCCUCUCGUGGCUGAUACGGUUAGUGUGGAAGUCCAUGCUCCGCACACCGUUCGCUCUUCGCCGCAUUUCCUCGUACACACUCGAACUAAGAAGGGAAGUAGGGCUGACAUAUUCCACGUCGACCUCAAGAGCAAUGCCAUUACCAAAGCGUACGACUUACCAUUACUCGAGGGUGGAAGUGCAUUCUCUACCAGCUCGUCUGCUGCCAAUGUCUACUUCACUCGAGUUACUGCCGAUGAGGUCAUUAUUACUUCAUCCGUCUCUCAUGGCAUUUUAGGUCGUUGGUCCUUGAACACAGGAGCGGAAAAAUUAGAUGCUGCACAUGGUGUCUCUGAGGUCAUUAAGAAGUCCGAAGAUAACUACGCCGUCAGAUCAGCUAUUGUCACCGACGCCGACGACUGGACGCAAAUUGUCAAUGGUGAUGUGUCUUGGACUCGACCUGAAGGACUAAGUGGUGCGAUUGCUGCUACGUGGGCGGAAAUUCCCGAGUCGGAAGAUCUAGCGAAGACGUUGGAGGCCGAGGCGCAUACCGAUCCCUGGUCCGCUUUCGUCCAUCGCGUCACUCGUCAUAUCGACGAGCUUCAGUACUUGCCCGCGUACUUACAAACAGUUCCCGAGCGUAUUUCGGCUAGUCUUCUUGGCUCAGAGACUAUAAGGUCAAGCGAAACUCUGACACGAGAUGGCUUCGGAUUCAAUAAGCUCGUCGUUCUUGCGACAAAGCGCGGUAAGCUAUACGGACUCGACACUGGCAACCACGGCAAGAUUGUCUGGUCUAAGUCGGCAAGCGAGACCCCUGGAAAGAAGCCAUGGAAUGUGAAGGCCAUCCAUGCUGAUGAUGUGAAUGGAUUCGUUACUGUCCGUGGAUCUGACGGUGAAUUUAUUAUCGUUAAAUCUGAUACUGGCAAGACUGUUGAAUCGAUACCGACCGGUUUGUUUCCUGCGGUUGAAAGUGCUGUUGUGGUGGACAGCGACGCCGGGCCCUGGUUGUUGCCUGUUGGCGAAGGUGGGAAGAUUGCUGAGAUAAAUAGCACGUGGGCUCCCAAGCAGACUGUUGUCACACGGACGAGCGAUGGCGGAAUCAGGGGGGUGAAAUUUGUGACUAAGGGUGAACAAGCUAUCGAAGUUCCAACUUGGAUCUUCAACCCUCCUACAGGACAGAGGAUCGUCGAGGUUGCAAGUCGGUCUACACACGACCCAAUUGCAUCUAUAGGCCGAGUACUUGGGGACCGGACUGUCAAGUACAAGUACUUGAAUCCUAACACGCUGGUAGUCGCCGCGAUCAACGAACAAGCAGCCUCCCUCUCAGUCUACCUUCUAGAUACGAUUUCCGGACAAGUAUUAACUUCAUCUACCUACGAAGGUAUCGACCCUACCAAAGACAUUACAUGUGCCGUAGCCGAGAACUGGUUUUUAUGCUCUUUCUUCGGCCAAUACAAGCUGCGAGAUUCUCAAUCCCAGAGACUAAAGGGAUACCAAGUUGUCGUAUCCGACCUAUACGAAUCAGAUAAUGCAAACGAUCGCGGUCCGCUUGGCGACUCAGUUAAUUACUCAGCCCUAGAUCCGAUCGAUUUGCCUACUGGCCCAUAUCUCCCUUCCGUCGUGUCCAAAACAUUUAUCCUAUCAGCCCCUAUCAAAUCCCUCGCCGUGACAAAGACACGCCAAGGCAUCACAUCUCGCCAGCUACUAGCGUACCUACCGGAAUCCCACUCCAUCGUCGGCAUCCCACGCAUGGCCCUAGAGCCUCGCCGCCCCGUAGGCCGGGAUCCGACUCCCGCGGAGCUAGAAGAGGGGUUGAGCAAAUACUUCCCCGCCAUCGAGUUAGACCCGCGUAUGUUAAUCACGCACCAGCGUGACGUGCUGGGUGUUAAGGAGGUGAUUACGGCGCCGGCUGUGCUCGAGAGCACAAGCUUGGUUCUGGCGUAUGGCAUCGAUGUGUUUGGCACGAGGGUCACACCUAGUCUGGCAUUUGAUGUCUUGGGUAAGGGGUUCAAUAAGUUGGCACUUGUAGGCACGGUCGCGGCACUUGUUCUGGGUGUAGGUGCUUUGAGGCCUAUGGUCCGGAAGAAGCAGAUCGAUGCUCGGUGGAAAUCUUGA